CCUCCCCUUAUUCCCUCAAAGCCAGCAGGCUGCUUUUCGAUCCAGACCGCUUGCUACAUGAUCUCCUUGAAAACACCGUUGCGCAUCUCUCUCGCCGCUCGAUGGCUUAGCCUUUGUAGACUACACAACAAGAGGAAGAGAGAUGCCAGCGCCAGGACAUUGACUCCUUUCUUUCUUCUGCUUCCCCCUCCCCUUCCUUAAUCUCCCACCCCUUGAUCUCUACCCCCUCCCCUGUGCCCUCUCCUGUCCUGUCCUGUACCCCCUUCCUCCCAACCUCCUCCUCCCCUACCUAAACCCCUGCUCUCCCUCUCACCUCGCACCCCCUUGACAAUGUUACCAUGCAUUAACUGGCUUCAGCCUUUCCUUGCCUUGAUUUCCUCCACCUUGCUGACUCGGGGCCACAACUGUCCGUCCAGCUGCCUGUGUCCGGACCACCACACCGUGGACUGCCAGGGCCAAGGUCUCACCCGCCUCCCUAGCCCCAUCCCCCUGGACGUCCGGCGCCUCCUGCUCUCCGACAACUGGAUUCCCUGGAUCCCCUCGGACUUCCUGGUUCUGUACAGCGACCUGGUCUACCUGGACCUGAGGAAUAACUCCCUGUCGGUGCUGGAGCCCGGCACCCUCAGCACCUCAUCUCGCCUAGUCUUCCUGGACCUGGGCAGCAACAACCUGACAGAGAUCCAGUCAGGGACCUUUGUGGAGUCCCGGAGCCUGAUCAAGCUGCGUCUGGGGAACAACCCCUACCUUCGCCUGGUGGAAGAGGAUGCUUUCCUGGGGCUGACCUCGCUGCGGGAGCUGGAGCUGGAGAGGAACGGCCUGCAGGGGCUGGAUGUGGGGGUGCUGGAGCCCCUAACCUCACUCCGGGUGCUGCGGCUGGAGGGCAACCCCUGGGUGUGCAACUGUCAUUUUGCCAAACUUUUUGUGUGGCUCACGGAGAACUGCCACAAGCUUCCAAUGGGUAUGGAGGGGUUGCAGUGUUCCCUCCCCAUGGAUGGGAGUCUUAUGUCCCUGAGCCUGCUCUCUGAGGCCAGUUUCCGGGAGUGCCGGGGCUACUUAUCUCUUACGGACAUCCUCAUUGUCAUCUUCUCGGGCAUCUCAGUCUCUGUGGUGGCCAUUAUAGCCAGCUUCUUCCUGGCCUCCAUGGUCCACUGCUUCCAGCGACUGGGAAAAGCUGGUCAGGCGGACGAGGAGGAGGGCAACGACUGAGGUGAAGAAAAAGCAUGAUCUGGGACCAGAUUCAGUAUCACUGCAGACAUAGCAGACCCGACUAGGUGCCUCGUAAGAGUGCCAGGAAGAAGGGCAGGACAAUAGGAGAGCAAGGCAUGGACAACGAGGAGGGAGUAUAUGGCCUAGGAAUUGUGCAAGAAAGCUCUUACCAUGUGAAUUCCUGUGCGCUGCAUUGGUGGCAGUCAGCAGCACACCAGGAGGGGUUAAACCAUGUUAGGAAAGAUUGUGUUAAAUAACCUUGAAUGAUACACAUUUUCUUAUCACUGAAGUACGAAAUGUACUACACUCUUAGAAAAGGGUUUUACAUGGAACCCAAAAGAGUUCUACCUGGAACCAAAAAGGGUUCUUCAAAGGGUUCUUCUGUGAGGACAGCUGAAGAACCCUUUUAGGUUUCUAAGAGUGUACGUUUCAUUGAUUGAACACAGCCUUACUACAGAUGUAGGAUUUUCAUUUGACCUACACUAUAUUGUCACAGCAAAAUAAUUAGUCCAUAAUGUUGCUUGAUCGGUGAUUAGGCUAUUAGCUGGCCAAAAGUAGGCUACAUGAAAAGUGCAAUACUAUUAAUAUAACUGUGUGUUACUGUGGGUUUUCAGUGAAUUUAUGUAUAUAUGAAAGCUCAUCUGCAUUUCCUGCGGUGCAGGAAGAAUCUUAGCAACAAAAGAGUGAUCAAAUUAAGAUCAUAAAUCUGUACCUUACUUUGGAGAGAUCAUUCAGCAUUCUCAUGUAAUUGUAGUUGUACUAUAUUUGGCCUACAAACACCACCCUUUCAGAGAGGACUAUUCCUCUGCUGCCAGGGGGUUCUUUAAGAUCUGGCUUGAGCUGGAAGGUAAAAGGACAGAGAGGAGGACAAGGGGCCGGCACACAGCAGUCUAAUGCACACUUAUGUCCAUUGCAUUGAUUUGAGUAGCAACCUACGUAACCUUUGUUUACCAAAGAACAGUCCGAAUGAGAAUAUUCUAUUGUUACAAUAUAGAACACAGAAAUGGGAUAGCAUGAGCAAUCAACAUGGAUAUUACACUAAACUUUGACACAAACUCAAAAAAUGCAAAAAACAAGUAAAUAUGGAGGGCAUUGUUACAAUAUCUGUUUUAGCACAAUGUAGCCUGACAAUGUUUGGUGUUACAACACCCAAAGGAGUAGGCAAGAGAGCAGAAACAGACUGGCACUCAGGCUAGCACAAAUGUGUUCUUGGCUAAAAAACAGUCACACGUUAGGUACAGUAUACUAUAUAGAACAAUAUGCUAAAAUAUCCUGCCAAUUAUCACCAAUAAAUGUAAUUACGGAAAUCAUUAUAUUAUACACCUGUAAAUGGACCAAUGUAUUUCCUUGUUUCAGGCAUAAUGUAACUUAUUUUACAUUUGACACUUAUUUCACAUAUUAAUACAGAAUUGUAAUUUUUUUUUUUUUUUUUUUACAAAUUAAGUCUCUUGUUUGUAUGGGGAUUUUACAUCCGAUGUGAGCGAAGUCUCUAAUUCCAAGCUAACAGGGCUAAGGUUAAAAUCUGUUAAUUGUUUCAAUAUCUUGAUCAUCCUUGAUGUUUGGGCCUUCCAGUCAUUUCCUAUGUCGGCCUUUAUUACGACCGGGUACUGGAGCCAUCCUCAAUAGACCAGCAGCUAGUAGCAGCCAGGUGAAAUUGAUGAAUGAAUGCUAUAGGUCAAUGAUGGCAUGUGUAUUGUUUGGCUUCCUGAAACGACUGGGAGAUCAUAAAUGAAAACCAGCAUACUCACAGAUGCUUCAAGACCUGAGUUUUGAGAGGUUGUCUGUCAAACUAUAUCUGUCUCUGGCGCUUGUAACCUACCAAUGAGAUUUGAGAUCCCAAAAACAGAUUAAAGGGCUUUUUUUCUGAUGCACCAUGACAAACACAUUAAAAAUAUAAACACGGAGUUGCAAUGUUACAAAAUGUAAGAGAGAGAAAAUGAAGCAGUAAAAUAAACACAUUAUGCUCUGGAACUUUGCUUUUAGAACUUUAAUUUCACAUAACCUUUUUGUUUCUUUGAAUGAAGACGUAAAGUACACUGUCGACUAAGUGUUCAAAUCAUUAGGAACACCUGCUCUUUCCAAACAUAGACUGGCCAGGUGAAUCCAGGUCAAAGCUAUGAUCCUUUAUUGAUUUCACCUUAAUCCACUUCAGUCAGUGUAGAUGAAGGGGAGGAGACAGGU